AAGCCAAAAAAGAAAUAUUUUUAAAAGAGAAGAAAAAAUUGGCUAAAGACACUUGUUGCCGCCUUUCUCUCAUCACCAUUAGCCUACAAAAUUGUUUCUUCCUCCUCCUCCCAAUAAUUAAAUGUUUCUCUGAACAUUUUUUUAAACUUUUUUUCUUGGGGAAACAUUUCUGAUCUUCUGAUUUGUUUCUCCCUCCAAUGGCGCCUCGUCUUUUCACAUGUUUUGGCGUCAAAGGAUCUUCAACUUCCACCACCACCGGAAAAGGUAUUUCCGGUCAUAACGCGGCUAAUGUAGCUGCUGAUGUUCCGGUAGGUGAUGGACCUAUUCUUGUUCAGCUUUUCUCAUCUCAAGGAUGUAAAACUUCGCCUGAGGCGGAGAUGCUUGUAUCACGUCUUGGACGUGGUGAUUUCGAUGGAAAGAUCCGUCGAGACGGUGGAUCUAGUGGUUCUCCGGCGAUGGUUUUGGUUUUUCACGUUGAUUAUUGGGAUUAUCUUGGAUGGAAAGAUCCUUAUGGAUCGAGUCAGUGGACCGUGAGACAAAAGGCCUAUAUCGAGGCUUUGAAUCAAGAUACAAUGUUUACUCCACAGUUUGUUGUUCAAGGUCGUGUUCAAUUACUUGGGAAUGAAGAAGAGUCCUUGCUUAAGUCUAUUGUUGAAGCUCCUAGGUUUCCGUCUCCUGCGUUUCGGGCCACAUUUCAAAGACCAACAUCAGAAACCCUUCAAGUAUCUCUCACCGGAGCUUUGAGGAUGAAAGUGGACUCGAGCGGGAUCGAUAUAAUGGUGGCGCUAUAUGAAAACGGUUUGGUGAAUGAUUGCGCUCGAGGAGAGAACUCAGGAAGAGUCUUGUCCAAUGACUACGUUGUAAGAAAGCUAGAAAAGUUAUGCACCGUUAAAGAUUUAACGGGAAAAAAGACGGUGUCAGGGACAGCUCAUUUCACGGUUUGGGAUGGAUUCAACAGCUCUAAAUGUGGAGUCGCUGUUUUUCUACAGAACACAUCUCUUCAAAUUUUUGGUACGCAGAGUUUUCAAUUGCCUGAUGAGAUUUGACAAAGGAACAAAAUUUCUGAAUCUAUUUUUUUUUUUUUUUAUAGAAAUGAAUUUUGCACUUUUGUGUUCGUUCAUAUUUGGUUAUUAUUGGAACUUUUGUGUGUAUAGAAGGAUAUUUGUCACUCUCAUUAUAGGCAUUUGCUUUGUUUAAACCCUUUCAAUUUUCUUUCUUUCUAAGUUAUGCCAUCCCACUCCACUUUUAGGACAGCAUUAUAUAAUGAUUUUAAUAUAUAAACCAAACUUAGUAUUUUGUGGGUUUAAAUCCGAUGCAGGUUGACAAAUGUUUUGUUGACUUGUGUUAAUUCGUGAAGUUUUGUAAGGACGAUAAUAAUUGAAACAUUAAUAUGGAAGUUAUUGAAAC